UUAAUGCAUAAUAUUUAGGCAGAGAUUUCCAUUGAAUGUGCUCUUUAGUCGUUGCUUGCAACUCGUUGGUCAAUACAGUAGAAAACCAAUUUUAUUGAUUGCCCACAACCAACCCAGCUAAAAAUUGAAAUCGCACACUAACCUAACGACAAAGUACUAAAUCAUAUUAUUGAACUUUUGAGUUUAUAUUAUACAAGUAACACUACUAGCUAGGGUUUUUGUUGGGACUUGGAGCAGUGCCCUUGGCCUUUGCCUUGCACAGUUGUAUCCCUCUAAUCUAUAUCUACCAUCUUAUCUCCACCUCCCAAACCCCAUUUCCCAUUACCUCGUGAGACAUUUUGGCUUUCUAAACAGAUAAAUAUCAUCAUCACUGUAUUCCCAUCAACUUCUUCAUCCUUCGUGUGUAAAAAUUGCUCUCAAUUCUCUACAUGACUAAAAAAGCCAUGGACUCAACCACAAGCCCCCACCACAUCACCAAAUCCCCUGACUCGGACACAGAUACUGAAACCCCACUCCAAACCCAUCUCACCAAGGCCUUAUCCCUUACAAAUGGCUCACACAAGACCCACCAAAAUCGCCAUCUUCCACCACCACCACAACAGCAAAAUAUGGUGGUGUCUUACAAAGAAUGCCACAAAAACCAUGCUGCAGGUAUUGGUGGACUAGCCUUGGAUGGCUGUGGGGAGUUUAUGCCCAAGUCAACUGCCACCCCUCAAGACCCUACCUCGUUCAAAUGUGCUGCCUGUGGCUGCCACCGCAACUUCCACCGCCGUGAACCAUCUGGCCCCACCACCAUCACUCACAUGCUACCACCACCAGCACUUAACUGGACCACGAGCUCAAGCCAAAGCCCAGGGUCAACAAGUUCAGGCCCAAGUCCUAGCCCAACAUCACCGGCAUCACCAAGCCCGCAGUCUUUCUACCCUUCUGCUCCUCACAUGCUGUUGUCCUUGAGCUCUGGUCAUUCUGGUCAUCUCGAUGAAACCCAGCUCCAGAAACAGAGUUACAGUCUCGCAAUGACAAGCCCACAUGGGAAAAAGAGAGCAAGAACCAAGUUUAGUCAAGAACAGAGAGAGAAGAUGUAUCUUUUUGCUGAGAAGUUGGGGUGGAGGUUGCUGAGAGGCAAUAAUGAUAGAGGUGUUGAAGAGUUUUGCAGUGAAAUCGGGGUUACUAGAAAUGUUUUCAAAGUUUGGAUGCAUAACAAUAGGUCCAGGAAAGAAAAGUUGAAUAAUAGUUACGGUAUUAAUAGCAGCGACAAGUGUGGUUUUAAUGCUAAUGAGGAAGCUGGUAGAGUUGGUGCUGACAACAAAGGUUGCAGCUUCAACAACAAUGGGAGCAACUAUGAUAGCUUUGAUAGGUACCAGAUUGAGAGUAAAGUCCGUGUACAUGGUUCUAUGGCUCCCCAUGGAUCUUCUCCAUCGUAUUGAUUUAGAUAAAGAAGAAAAAACAGACGACAGACAGACGACUAGUGGGCAUGAAAGUUCUUUGCUUCUUCUUCUUCUUCUUCUUUUGUUUUCUAGUUUCUUUAGCUAUGUUGAUGACCGUUCAGUGAUUGCUAAUCACUAAUUAAAGGUCGUCAUGGAGAGAAAUAGAGUGGAGAAUGCAUGACAGUUAAAAGGGCAGUAACUUUUCUUACAUAACUAUUAUGUUCUCUGUUAACCUGUCUUUAGUAUAUUUUAUUGAUAUCAAUCAUUAACA